UCUCUCUACCCAUUCACAGAACUGUUUCGUCCGUGUGGUGUCAUGGAGGUAUCAUGGCUGAGGAGACGCGCCUAGUUCGCGUUGAAGAGCGGCUAAAGAUAAAAAUUGGCGAGGCAAAAAAUUUACAAAGCAGAAGCCAUGGAUCUCCCGGCGCAAGAGAUGUCUACUGUGCAUUGUCCCUCGACCAGGAAGAGAUUUUCCGCACUACAACGAUGGAACGGACGCUCAACCCAUUUUUUGGCGAGGAGUUCCAGUUUGAGGUACCUAGAAAGUUCCGUUACCUUAGCAUAUAUGUUUACGAUAGAGACCGGCAUCUAAAACAGGACAAGAUACUUGGGAAAGUGGCAAUAAAACGUGAAGACUUGGCUACCUACCAUAACAAGGAACACUGGUUCCAGCUGAGGCCUGUAGAUGCGGAUUCUGAGGUGCAGGGUAAAGCGCAUCUAGAAUUGGCACUGCAGCCGCAGAUCGGACAGUUCCAUCCAAAGUUAACAGUUAGAAUUAUAGAGUGCAGUGAAUUGACGAUUAAAAACGGGGGCUGUGAUCCGUUCGCAACUGUCACUGUGAUCUACAGUAACGGAAAGCAAAUAUCGAAGCGUACCAAAGUCAAGAAGAAGACAGUAUCACCUCGGUUCAAUGAAACGUUUGUAUUUGAGCCCGAGUUGACUGAAUCCAAGGACAAGGAUGUCUCCCAUUAUUCGAUCGAUGGGGGCGAAGUUGGGGAAGUUAUUGUCGCCGUCUGGCAUGCUUCGUCUGGCAUGGGUGAACAGCCAGCUUUCCUUGGCGAAGUUCGAGUUAUGCUGCGCGGUUUGCAAAAACAACCGACAAGCCCCACAACGGCCUGGUAUUUUCUCCAGCCGAGGUCAGCAAAGCACAGACCGAGCAAGAUUCCCAACAAUUCUACACUGCCGGGGACGAUACCAUGCAUAGGAUCUCUGAGGCUGAAGAUUCACUACACAGCUGACCAUGUCUUCCCUUCCGAGAUGUACAAAAGACUGGAGAGUUUGCUGCUACAGAGUGUUACUGUUCAUCCCAUCACUUCCUCAGCUGUUUACAUACUUGGUGAGAUUGUCGCCAGUAAGAUGGAGGCUGCGCAACCACUUGUUCGUGUCCUUGUGCAUCAUGAACAGCUUGUUUCAGUCAUGAGGGCACUUGCCAGCUACGAGAUUUCCAAACUGACAGAUCCUACGACAAUUUUUCGAGGUAAUACUCUAGUCAGUAAAAUGAUGGACGAAGGAAUGCGGCUGGCUGGACUUCAUUAUUUACAUUGUACUCUUCGACCAGCUAUGGAACAAGUAUUUCUGGAGAGAAAACCUUGCGAAAUAGACCCAACCCGAGUAAAGGAUGCCAACACUAUCCAAGCGAAUUUGGCGAACCUCAAGGAGUACGUUCAACGAGUGUUUACCGCGAUAACAACAUCAGGUGUCCGGUGUCCGCCAUUAAUGUGCGAGAUGUUUUGGAGCCUGCGAGAAUUGGCUGUGACACAUUUUCCCUACAAUAAAGAAGUGAGGUACUCUGUCAUCAGUGGCUUCAUAUUUCUCAGGUUCUUCGCGCCGGCGAUACUUGGACCAAAAUUAUUCGACAUUACCACUGAGCAAAUAGAUUCCCAGACAUAUAGAACGCUGACACUAAUUUCAAAAACGAUUCAAAGCUUAGGAAAUUUGGUUAGCUGUCGAGGUGGGGCAGGCAGUGUUUGUAAAGAAGAAUAUAUGGAGUGUGUGUACAGGGAAUUUUAUACAGAGAAUCACAUUCAGGCUGUGAAACAAUUCUUAGAACUGAUAUCAACUAGCAGUGGAAGUGGAACUAUCAAAGAGAGACCCGCAGCUUUCCAGGAAGAGCCUGUGGUACUGAAGGAAGGAAUAUAUUCUCUUUUUGUGCCUACGGCUGACUGUGGCAAGAGAGUUAUGAUCAAAAGAGCGCAGGGCAGAAAGAGAUUUGGGAGGAAAAACUUCAAGCAAAGAUAUUUCAGACUGACUACACAAGAUUUGACUUAUUCCAAGAACAAAGGAAAGGAACCGCUAUGUAAAAUACCAUUAAGAGAAAUUCUUGCUGUAGAAAGACUUCAUGAGGAUUCAUUCAAGAUGAAAAAUAUGUUCCAAAUCGUCCAAAAACAAAGAGCGUUGUAUGUUCAAGCCAGUAAUUGCGUUGAAGAAAAAGAAUGGAUUGAUAUUCUUACAAAAAUUUGUCAGACGAAUAGUAAUAGACUAGAAAAAUACCAUCCGAGUGCCUACAUCAACGGACAUUGGCUGUGUUGUCGAGCAGCACUUGUAAGUGCUCCGGGCUGCAGCGAAGUUUCACCUGGGCUAGAGGCUGGUUUGAAAAUGUCGUUGGAUCCAGACCGUGAUUUGCAGAGGAUUCACUCUCUGAUUUUCACAAAUAUGCCGCGCCUCGAAACCUUAAUAAGUGCCUGUGAAUGCCAAGCUGUUUAUGGGGCAAACAAAGUCUGCGUAUUACCAGGAGAUGGACCGCCUAUAGAGGAUGUUCCAUCCUGCUUCAAGACCCUUGCCUCACUUCGAGAAAUUGCUUUCACCCUGCAACAGGAGCAUCGAGCUUAUUCAAGGAAAUUGGCACGUGAAACAAAAUAUGGAAGCAAACAAGCUCCAAUCGGGGAUGACAAUUAUCUCCACUUGGCUGCAGGGCCAGGCUUAGAUGCAUCGUUGGCAAAGUGUGCAUACGAGGCCGAGAGUCCGGGUCGCGGGCACACAGAUGGGAGUGUAACAUCACGGAGGAUCGAGGAUUCACAAAGAAAAUGUGUGGACUCUGUGGACGGUCGAUACGAAAUCAAUGACGGAUGGUUGAGGCAUUGUGAAGCAAACAAUACCAGCAGAAUAAGAGGCAUUGAAACCGAUCUCAUUCGAUUUGACAACAGCUUGACGAAGCACGGAACUCUUCGAUCGGAGAAACUGGCGGAGAGGAAUGGAAACGAGAAUUUGGAGAAUCCAUGGAAUCACAGAAGGCUGCAGGACACGUCGAGCCUUUUGAAAAUGGAUGGCAUUAGUUUGUCAGGAAGUUUGUCGCGAAAACUCAGCAAUUAUGACAACACUAGGAAAUUGGACGAGGGCACUUUGACUAGGCGCAUCAAGGACGACGCGUCCGAUAUUUCUUCAAAUUCAAUGAGUGGUCGUGAAGAUGACAUCGGAACUCCCCCACCGAAUCUUGUGAGUCCAUCCGCAGAUCCAACUGCAGAAAACUUAACAAUCCACGUGCAUAAAGAGGGAGGAACUGGAGGGCACUGGUGCGCCAGGAUAAUAUUUUUCUCACUGCUCGCCAUUCUCGUAGGAUUAAUCGGUGUUAUUCUAAUCGAGCACAGAGGAGCUGCUGAUGUCGAUACGCCAAUCACUGAAUCGCGAUGGGCAACUGUGUUCGAUGGCUGGAUUGAUGACGUCCAAGUUUCACAUGACAAACCAAAACCUGUUACUAAAGACAACAGUCACAAUGACCCAGAGCCAACAGAUGAAGCGAGUGAGGAAGCUUCGGAUGAGGCAGAUCCCCAAGAGAACGAAGCUCCUGGAGAGAGUAAGGAAGAAGACACAGGCGAGGAUGUGUCUAAUGGGAACAACGAAACUGAGGGAGACGACGAUGAACAAGAAUUAGAUUCUUAUCAAGAGCCAGGUGAAAGCGAAGAAGAGCAAGCUUCCAUUGAACGUGACAACAAAAAUCUCUCUGAGGAAAAUGAGCAAGAGGACAGUAAAGAAGUGGAAAACAACUAUAGCGAAGAAAACUUUCAGCAAGCGGAUACUGAAAAUGACGAUGACGGUGAGGAUGACGAUGACGAUGAUGGAAAUGAUGAAAACGCAGCAUUGGAAGAAGUAGAGGAAAAUACAAGUGGAGAAGAACUUCAGCCGAUAGAGAGCAAAGAAGAUGACUUAAUAAAUGAUUCUGACAAUGAACUUGCUACCAGCAUAGAAGGCGUUGAUGCAACGGAAGGAAAGUUUAAUGGCGACGAUGAUAAAACAGACGAUGACGAUGUGUCUUCCGAAUUCUUAGGAAUACCGGGAGUUAACGAAAUCGACGAAGACAGUGCUGAACCUUUGGAAGAAGUAGACGACGAAGAACCAGAAGAAAUUCCGAACGAGCUGGAGAUUGAACCAGUGGUUGAAGAAGUCGAGGAAGAAUCUAGCAGUGUGGCAGUCAAGUUUGGAGUUGGCGUUGCACUAGUUGUGGCAGCGCAUUUCGUUCUCGUUAGACGAUGGAAUAAUGACGAAAACAACGCCUCGCGAGGGGUGAUCGAAGGUAGAGAAACGCCAGAUUUGUCAAGGCGGAACACGAUUGUUCCUCCACCGCGGCCCCAGCAGAUAAUUCCGACACUCGAUCCGGAAGAAGGUAAAGAAUACGAGGUGAUAAAGGCGGAGAAUUAUGAGAGCCUGAGGAGCAAGUAUAAAAAGCUUGAAACUGACGACGAAGAGCGAUUGAUUCAAACAACGAAGCGAGCGGAUGACGGAAGAGAUGAAGAGGCAUUUGACACCUCGGACGGUGAGCGAAUAUCGGUUACAGAAGAUGACGAAGAGGAAGAAGUGGAGGAGGAGGAAGAUGAGGAGGAAGAGGAAGAAAACGAAGAGGAAGAAGAAGAGGAUGGUAUCGACGACAGCGAUCUAGUAGCCAAGCUGGAAGCCAAAUAUGGGAAACUUCGCACACCGCCAGACAGUGAAGAGGACGAAGAUGAGGAAGAAGAAGAUGAAGAAGAGAAUGAGGACGAGGAUGACAACGAAGAUGACGAAGAUAUACAAGGCUGGAAACGAAUAAAGCCGAUUCGGGCAGCCCCAACGACCUCCUCUGCUGAACGCAAAUCGGAAUCUCGACCUGUUUCGUCUCGAGAAAAACCUGCAACAAAUCCAGGCGGUGCUAGAGACUACGAACAUCACGAUAUUACAAACUCGGAAGAUGUGCUUAUUCGUGAAGAACUUGACGUAGUUCAAGGCGAGACAGCAGAAAAACGGUUCGGGUAUUUCACCAACUUGGUGUCGAUUCAUCCUGCCUCACCCAGAGUGCGAUACGAGCUGGCUCGAAGUCUGGACAACUUGGCAGAGGAAAAAAAGGACAAUACAUAUCUGAGGAAAGCUAUCGCUGCGUAUGAAAAAGUUCUGGAAUUGGGAACUCGGGUACCACCAAAACUUUUCCGAAUCGUUGGAGAGCGAUGCAUCGACAGACUCAGGUUCAGCGGGCAAUACAGUGGAGCUGAAAAAGUCCACAAGAAUUUGAUAUCAAGAUUCUCCGACGAACCCCGCUUGAGGAAUCAGUUGGCCGUCACUUACCUCAUACAGAAUAAAUUAUCGGAAGCUAGAAAAGUUUUGCAAGAAACACUGGGCCGGUGGCCAAACGACGGGUUUGCUUUGGUACAUUAUGGUUUUAUUUUAAAAACUGGGGACGGAAAUAUGGUCGAUGCUAUUAUGUACCUGAAAGCUGGUAUAGAGACUGGCGAUGAGGGUACCAUCGAUGGUAGAUUUUUCUUCCAUCUUGGCGACGCUCUAGUCAGAUUAGGCAGAACCGAAGAAGCCCAGAAGAUUUACCAAAGUGGUGCAAAAAACGGACUGUUCCCGUCUGUCAGUCAGCGAUCUCUUUACAAUGUCAAUCAUUUGACGGCUCGUCCUUGGUGGACGCUGGAGGAAACUGGUUACAAAGAGUUUUUUGUCACUCUUGAAAAUAAUUGGCAGAUUAUCAGAGCUGAAGGAUUAGGAGCACUGGACAAAAAUGGACAUUUUAAAAACGAAGCUGAAAAUUUGAGAGACAAAGGCAAAUGGCAGCAAUUCGAAUUAUAUGUUAGAGGUCGCCAAAUAUCAGCCCACUGUACUAAGACGCCGAGAACUUGUUCUUUGAUAGAAGGAUUCCCUGCAGCGGCAGGUUGUCGCAGAGGACAAAUAAAGUUCUCUGUUAUGUACCCUGGAACACAUGUUUGGCCUCAUUGUGGGCCUACAAAUUGCCGCUUGAGAGCUCAUCUGGGUCUUUCGGGGACCGAGGGGACAUUUAUAAGGGUUGGAAACGAGACGAGGACCUGGCGAGAGGGGAGCGUAAUGAUCUUCGAUGACAGUUUCGAACACGAAGUUUGGCACAAUGGAACUUUUACUAGGCUGGUGCUCAUAGUUGACGUAUGGCAUCCGGAAUUGAAAGAAAGUGAGAGACAUGCUUUACCCGCGAUAUGAAAAUCGGAAGGGAUUACAGCCAGAUUAAUUAUAAGAAAAACUAAUUGGGAUUCGAAAUAUCCAAACAUAUCAUUUAACAGCAGAAAGGUAGAUGCUUAUCGUCUCGCAUUUCGUUAUGAAAUUAGUUUUUCAACGUAUAUGUCAUUCUCUAGCUACUCAACGCCAACCAAAGGUUUAAUCUCUUGUGUAGUCUUCUGUUCCAUUAUAUUCGUAUAAUUUAACGGAAACCUAUCUUUCUAAAGCUACGCCCGUACUUUGGGUUUCAAAAUUGAUGUCUUCUGUAGGUUUUUAACAUCAGAUCACUAGUGUAAUAAUAUUACUACGUAAGUGUAGAUCGUGCAAGAUUCACUUGCAUGUGUGUGCAUGUGUGUGUGGGUCUGUGUGUGGGUAUAUCUAAUGAUAUGAAACAAAAAAACAAAUCGGAAAGUUUGCUUAGAAUCUCCACAACUUGUUUGGAAAAUAAGAAUUUCAGCUGUACACGCGCAAAUGCCUUUAUGCAUGUAUAAAAUUAUGAUAAACUUAACGAAUGGAAAA